UGAUGAAAUACUAAAAUAAAUCGCGGGUUAAUUAUUUAUGAAAGCUUUUGAAAUUCCGGGCUAAUUUACAUACAUAAUCAUGCAGGCCAAUAAGCUGCCCCCCAAUCCGCGCGAGUCGGCAGGUAUUUUAUCCUCGCUAAUGUUCUGCUAUGCCCUGCCCAUUCUGUUCAAGGGUCGCAAGCAGACGCUCCAACCGACGGAUCUCUACAAGACGCUAGAUGAGCACGGAGCUGAGAGCCUGGGCGAUGAGUUCUUCCGGGAGUGGGAGAACGAGGUGGCCCGUUGCCGGCAGAAGGGUCCCUCCGGCAGGGAACCCAGUGUCCUGCGAGUCAUCGGACGCGUCUUUGGCUGGCAGCUCAUCGUAUCCGGCAUAGCGAUUGCCGCCUUGGAACUGGGAACUAGAGCCACCGUUCCGCUACUUUUGGCCGGACUCAUAUCGGAGUUCAGUGAGCAUGGAAACGGUAGUAGCUACCACGCCCAGAUCUAUGCCGUAGUCCUGAUAGCCUGCAUCCUGGCCAGCGUUCUCCUCACGCACCCCUAUAUGAUGGGCAUGAUGCACUUGGCCAUGAAAAUGCGGGUAGCAGUGAGCAGUGCUAUCUAUAGAAAAGCUCUGCGCCUUAGCCGCACUUCGCUGGGGGAUACCACAACCGGCCAGGUGGUGAACCUUCUCUCCAACGACCUCAACCGCUUCGAUCGUUGCCUCAUCCACUUCCAUUUCCUGUGGCUGGGACCUCUGGAGCUGCUGAUCGCCGCCUACUUUCUGUACCAGCAGAUCGGACUGGCCUCCUUUUACGGGAUCAGCAUCUUGAUACUCUAUCUGCCGCUGCAAACCUACCUGAGUCGAGUCACCUCCAAGCUGCGCCUGCAGACCGCCCUGCGAACGGACCAGCGGGUGCGCAUGAUGAACGAGAUCAUUUCGGGCAUUCAAGUUAUUAAGAUGUACACUUGGGAGCGGCCAUUUGGCAAACUAAUCGAGCAGCUAAGGCGCAGCGAAAUGAGCUCCAUUCGCCAGAUGAACCUGUUGCGCGGCGUCUUGCUCUCCUUCGAAAUCACCCUUGGUCGCAUAGCCAUCUUUGUGAGCCUCCUGGCUUUCGUUUUGGGAGGCGGUGAGCUGACGGCGGAACGUGCCUUCUGUGUCACCGCUUUCUACAACAUCCUGCGGCGCACGGUGAGCAAGUUCUUUCCGAGCGGCAUGUCUCAGUUUGCGGAACUAUUGGUGUCUAUGCGUCGAAUCAAAGCAUUUAUGAUGCGUGAGGAAUCGAAUAUAGUUGAUAUGUCGGAGCAAAGGGAAGAGAAGCCCGAGGAGGAGCAACGUUUGCUGGGAGGUGUGGAAAAGAAGGCUUAUCCCGUUGAAAAUGGAAAAGUACCCGAUGUCCUAGUGGACAUCAGAGACUUGAGAGCGCGCUGGAGCCAGGAGCACCAUGACCCCGUGCUGGACAACGUCAAUAUGUCGCUGCAGGGAGCUCAACUGGUGGCCGUGAUCGGACCCGUGGGAUCGGGAAAAUCCAGCCUUGUUCAGGCUAUCCUAGGAGAACUGCCGCCCGAGUCGGGAUACGUUAAAGUGUCGGGCCGAUACUCCUACGCCUCUCAGGAGCCAUGGCUCUUUAAUGCCUCUGUGCGCGACAACAUCCUCUUCGGCUUGCCAAUGGACAAGCAGCGGUAUCGCACCGUCCUGAAGCGAUGCGCCCUGGAGCGCGACUUGGAGUUGCUGCACGGUGAUGGAACCAUCGUCGGUGAGCGCGGAGCUUCGCUGUCCGGCGGUCAAAGGGCGAGGAUCUGUUUGGCCAGAGCUGUUUACCGCAAGGCGGAUGUCUACCUAUUGGACGAUCCCCUCAGCGCAGUGGACACCCAUGUGGGUAGACAUCUCUUCGACGAAUGCAUGCGCGGCUUUCUGGGCAAAAAGCUAGUGAUACUAGUCACCCAUCAGCUGCAGUUUCUCGAGCACGCCGAUCUCAUUGUGAUCAUGGACAAGGGAAAAGUCUCGGCCUGUGGCAGCUACGAAGAGAUGCUGAUGAGCGGCCAGGACUUUGCCCAGCUUUUGGUGGAGAGCACUCAAAAUGGCGGCGGAGAGGAAGGGGAUGAAAAGUCUCCGGCCUAUUCCCGCCAGAGCAGCACUCUCAGCAACGGCAGUGCUAAGGGAAGCUCCUCUUCCCUGGAAUCCAUGGCGGAGAAGGAGAAACCAAAGCCUAGCGCAGCUCCAGUGCAGGAAUCCCGGAGUGUCGGUCAAAUCGGAUUGGCCAUGUACAAGAAGUACUUUAGCGCCGGCUGUGGGCUCCUGGUCUUCGCCCUGCUGGUCUUCCUGUGUACCGGCACUCAGCUUUUGGCGUCUGGCGGGGAUUACUUCCUUUCGUACUGGGUAAAAAACACCGCGACAUCCUCGUCACAAGAUAUCUACUAUUUCACUGCCAUAAAUGUGGGCCUGGUUAUUUGCGCCCUCCUGCGGACCCUGCUCUUCUUCAACAUAACCAUGCACUCCUCCACCGAGCUGCACAACUCCAUGUUUCGCGGCCUCUCCCGUACGGCUCUGUACUUCUUCAACACAAAUCCCUCCGGCCGGAUCCUCAACCGAUUCGCCAAUGACCUGGGUCAAGUGGAUGAGGCGUUGCCCGCCGUGAUGUUGGAUUGCAUACAGAUCUUCCUCACCCUGACGGGCAUCAUCUGCGUGCUGUGCGUGACCAAUCCGUGGUAUCUGAUCAACACGUUGGCCAUGGUCCUGGCAUUUUACUACUGGCGUGACUUCUAUCUGAGCACUUCGAGGGAUGUAAAGCGCAUGGAGGCGGUGGCUCGGUCGCCAAUGUACUCGCACUUUAGUUCCACCCUCACCGGACUUCCCACCAUCCGGGCGAUGGGCGCCCAACGCCUUCUUAUCGGGCAGUACGACAACUACCAGGAUCUGCAUAGCUCCGGCUACUACACGUUCGUCUCCACCAGUCGUGCCUUCGGCUACUACUUGGAUCUCUUCUGUGUGGCCUAUGUGAUAUCGGUGAUAUUGCACGGCUUCUUCAAUCCCCCUCUGCACAAUGCUGGCCAGAUAGGUCUGGCCAUUACCCAAGCCCUCGGAAUGACCGGGAUGGUUCAGUGGGGCAUGCGACAAUCCGCCGAGCUGGAGAACUCAAUGACCUCGGUGGAGCGAGUGCUCGAGUACAAGGACCUGGAGUCCGAGGGAGAUUUCACCUCGCCGGCAGACAAACAACCGCCAAAAAGUUGGCCUGCAGAGGGUGAGCUGGUGACGAAGGAUUUGAGCCUGCGAUAUGUGCCUGAUCCCAAAGCGGAUUGCGUGCUUAAGGGCCUGAACUUCAGGAUUAAACCCAGGGAAAAAGUGGGAAUUGUGGGACGUACAGGUGCGGGCAAAUCCUCGCUGAUUAACGCACUCUUCCGACUUUCUUACAACGAGGGAGCGAUAGUUAUUGACAAGCGGGACACCAACGAUAUGGGUCUGCACGAUUUACGCAGUAAGAUCUCGAUUAUACCACAGGAACCCGUUUUGUUCUCUGGCACAAUGCGCUACAACUUGGAUCCCUUUGAGCAAUAUCCGGAUGAAAAGCUCUGGAAGGCUUUGGAGGAUGUUCACCUGAAGGAGGAAAUUUCCGAGUUGCCCACGGGUCUGCAGAGCAGCAUUUCCGAGGGAGGAACCAAUUUCAGCGUGGGCCAGCGGCAGUUGGUAUGCUUGGCAAGAGCCAUUCUGCGCGAGAAUAAAAUCCUCGUGAUGGACGAGGCUACGGCAAAUGUUGAUCCCCAGACGGACGCCUUAAUCCAAACGACCAUUCGAAACAAAUUCAAAGACUGCACGGUACUUACGAUAGCCCAUCGUUUGAACACCAUCAUGGACUCGGACAAGGUACUGGUUUUGGACGCUGGUAGGGUCGUCGAAUUUGGUUCGCCUUACGAGCUGUUAACGGAGUCAGAAGCCAAAGUUUUCCAUGGCAUGGUGAUGCAGACGGGGAAGGCCAGUUUCGAUCAUCUCCUGAAAGUUGCCGAAAAUGCCAAGGAAAACCAUAUAUAA